GUUUGCAUCACUGGCCUGUUUUGGCUCAAGCUUUGCCGCUUCGCCAUGUGGCAGCUCUUCCUAGAUCGUUGCAAUGCUUCCCCAGCUUCCCCAGCACUCGUAGAUGCUGAACUUCCAGGUGUUUUCACCUGCCACGAGCUGCUCCAGCGUGUCUUGCAGCUUUGCCAUCGCCUGCAGCCGUGGACCAUCGACGACCAGCUGGGGAUCUGCUUCCAGCGCCCGUCGCUGUCGGCCGUGGUGGCCCUACUGGCGGCGUUGCGGAUGGAACGUCCCUAUGUUCCACUGCACCCCAUGGAUUCCUGGGGUCUGGGCACAUCCUCUGAGCGUUUGGCCUUUCUGAUGUCGCUGGCGAAGAUCUCUGGGGUGCUCUGCGGCCGAGAUACAGUGGAACAGGUGCUAAAGGCCUGGCGUGGGAGAAAGGACCAGCUGCUGGACUUGGAUAGUGACUUCGACUUCCAGCAGCUCCCGCUGCCGCCGGUGUCAACGCCGGCGCCGGCGACGACGGAGCUGCUGUACGUGAUGUUUACCUCGGGAUCCACCGGGCGACCCAAGGGCGUUAAGGGCUUGAAAUCCGCCACGUUGAACCGGCUCCAAUGGCAAUGGCAUUGCUACCCCUGGACUUCGACCGAUGUAGCGCUGGCGCGGACGCCGCUGGUCUUCGUGGAUCACGUGGCGGAGCUCUUCGGCGCGCUGCUGGCGGCGGAGGGACCCAGCUUGGUGUGUUCGGCAACGGAGGUGCCGAAGCUGCUGAGAUGUUUGAAGCAACACCAGGCUGGGGUGGUGAACAACACAUGUGGCGGUGAACAACACAUGUAG